CGGUUCACAGUAAACUCAGCUCGCGCUCCUCGAGAACUGCAGCACAACUUGAGCGCGAAAAAAUCAAGAAGCGCAAGACAGGCGACAUCAAAGCAUGGACGCUCCGGCGACAGGUAUGUCGUGCGCACCUCGCGAAGCAGACGACACGAGUCGCGCUGGCGACGUCGGGAAACUGCGCGUACUCGAGCUGUACAGCGGCAUCGGGGGAAUGCACUUCGCCUGCCGACCGGAUAGGACUUCGGUCGUCGCCGCUGUCGACGUGAACACCACGGCGAACUCUGUGUACGCGUUCAACUUCCCUGAAACGCGACUACUUCAACGCAACGUGCAAUCGCUAAGCGCCCGUGAGAUCGACUCUCUUCAACCCGACCUGGUGACUAUGAGCCCGCCGUGCCAACCGUUCACGCGGCAGGGCUUGCAGCGCGACUCCCAGGACCCGCGAUCGUCGUCGCUAUUCUCUUUUCUCACUGUCCUAUCGACGCUGAAGCACAAGCCAAAGUACAUACUGCUGGAAAAUGUUAAAGGUUUCGAGACGUCUGCAACCCAUUCUACGCUCACUCAGGUUCUCCAAGGUAGUGGAUACCACAUCCAUCGUUACUUGCUGUCACCCACUCAAUUUGGCGUCCCGAACUCUCGGCUGCGCUUCUACUGCCUCGCCAAACUGCAUCCAGCCCAGUUCAGGGACUGCCGUCAAGAAGACAACGGCGUCUGCUCUGGUGCCUGUCAGGAGAAACCGCCCCCUGGGUCGCAAGAGACUGGACCGCCACAGAGCCUGUCAAGCUUCCUCAGCCUCAGUGAUGAACAGGAUUUGAGAAAUGAUGCGAGCUACCUUCUGCCCGAUAAAAUUCUCUCCAGGUUCUCUCUCCUUCUUGACAUUGUCGAGCCCGCAUCGGCCAACACGUGCUGCUUCACCAAAGGCUAUGCUCACUAUGUCGAGGGCACAGGCUCUGUUCUACUCCAGGCACCCAUGGAUGACAUGCAUGAAGUCUACCGCAAAGUUCCCCAUAAAGAGGCAGUGCCAGAAGACGUCCUGGAAAUGCUGCGGAACCUGCGGCUGCGUUACUUCACACCACAGGAAGUUGCCCGGCUUAUGUGCUUUCCGGAGUGCUUUGCCUUUCCCCCGGACUUGAAGCCAAAGCACCGAUACCAGUUGCUGGGAAACAGCGUCAAUGUUCGUGUCGUGCGUGCACUUCUGGACUAUUUGUUGGACGAUGUACCAGAAUCUUAGCGCAAUUCACCAAACUCUGUGAGAACGCUGUACAUAAAUGAGUACUGUCGCAAAA